UCCAAGUAAACAAUCCAACAAAGUUGAAGCUCGUGGAGAGGUUUCCAUAGGCCUACAUGUUCCCUUUAUCAUGGGCGAUCGAUGUGAUGCGUACGAGCUUUUCAGUUUAUUUCAUCCUUUGUACAUCUUAAUUUCUUUCGUUGUAGGACUGAAUAGUUAGGAUCAAGUGACAAUCUGCAGAUCCUGAUGAUAAAUCUUACAUUUUGAAUUGAGGCAGACUUACACAGCACAAAGAUGUCCAAAACAACCAGGGUCCCAGGCUACAUGCAAAGUAAAGCAUCAAGAAAUGCACGAGGAAUAAUUGGAGAUCGAGAGAUUCGGUUCAAAUGCUCCCUACAGAACACGAUAUUAGAUGUAUUACGAGGCCGACCAGGAUGGCAGGAGGUACCAGGUCAAAACAGCCAACAACAAAAUGUUCAACAAAAUGGUAGACCUGCUGCUGGCUCCCAAACUUCGACCCAACAACAGGAAGGGAAAGGGAAUAAGACUGGUUCCACAGGUACCACUCCCUCAAACACACAAAACUCCCCCGCCACCACCGGGGGUAAAACUGGUACUAAACCAACAUCGUCCUCCCAGCCUGCGGGACCCCAACAACAAUCGGGCGGGGUCCCCAACAGAAUUGGUACUAAAUCAACCGUGUUGUCCCAGACUGCGGGACCCCAACAACAAUCGGGCGGGGUCCCCAACAGAAUUGGCUAUCAACCUGUACCCCCCAUUCAGAGAAACAGUGAUGGUGAUUGGGACUUUUAUUGGUGUGACCGAGAGUGGCUACAUCAGAAUUAUGACACCAUGUUCCUCCAUGAACACCAGAAAAUCCUGCACUUCCGCAACCAUUAUGAGUUGACCAGAAAAAAUCUUAUGGUGAAAAACCUGAAACGACUGAAGAAACAGACAGAACGAGAACAGGGGAAGGCUGAGGGAUUGAGUUUUGAUUUCCAUCCGACAACCUAUGAACUGCCAUCUGAGUACCACAUAUUUGUGGAAGAGUUCAAAAGGAAUCCUGGUAUAACCUGGAUCAUGAAGCCUGCAGCCAAGUCUCAGGGGAAGGGUAUAUUUCUGUUCAGGCGUCUCAAGGACAUCACAGACUGGAAAAAGGGAGAGUACCAGCCUCUCACUGAUACGACGAGGGAAGUGCCGGAGACGUACGUGGUACAGCGCUACAUAGAAAACCCGUACCUUAUAGGGGGUCGCAAGUUUGACAUCAGGAUCUACGUCCUGGUAGUCUCUUACAACCCCCUGAAGGUAUGGUUAUACAGGGAUGGCUUCGCCAGAUUCUCCAACACAAGGUUCUCCCUCGACUCCAUUGAGGACGCAUAUGUCCAUCUGACCAAUGUGUCAGUACAAAAGAACGCCCCGGACUACGACCCAGAGAAGGGCUGUAAGUGGUCCACAUUGAGGCUCCGACAUUACCUGUCUGCCAAACACGGUGCAGAAGCGGUGAAGAAAGUGUUCAAAGGUAUAGACAAUAUAAUUACGAAGGGUUUACAAAGUGUACAGAAGAUCAUCAUCAACGAUAAACACUGUUUUGAGAUGUACGGUUACGACAUUCUGCUGGACGACGACCUCAAGCCGUGGUUGAUAGAGAUCAAUGCCUCCCCCUCAUUGACAGCCAGUGGCAAAGAAGAUUAUGAGCUCAAAUUUGGUCUGCUGAACGACCUUCUGAAUGUUCUUGACCUUGAGAACAGACUUACCGGUAAGGAGAAGAGGAUCGGAGGCUGGGAUCUACUGUGGGAUGAUGGCCCAGUACUCGCUGAUGACGGCAAUAUGGAGUGUACCACCAAUGGUUCUUCUGUCACCACCGCCAACUCCUUCUUGGGCUGCCAUAAUGAUAGAAAACGUCAGUUGCGGGAGAUCUACACAUCAGCACAGGCUAUCAAGAAGACCUAGGGGACUGACCUGGUCCAGUGACUGGACUAUAACUGGUCAUCUGAAAUAGAGACUGUUGUGUGCCAGGCUCAUGUCUUGUAUUACUGGUUAUCUUGACUGAUGUUUUCUGCCAUAGUAUCACUGGUAAUCUGGACUGCAGAAUGUCAUCUUCCAAAUCUCUUGUUGGUUUGUGUAGAAAAAAGGCCUAAUUGCAGUUAUUACUAAGGCUUGAGAAUAUCCUGGACCCAGCUCACAUAGCUUUUGUAAGGAAAGGAGAUUUUGUUUUGUAAGUGACAUAACUGCAUCAGCAGUGACCAUUCCUAAGGCUGAGGAAUAUCUUGGACCAGUACUUCAGGACUGUGAUAGCGUGUUCAAGUGAGAGUCUCCUUGUGACCUUUAACACCUCUUUGUUUACAGUGUGAGUAAUUGUAUGGAAUGGAUGUUAAGGUACAUGUAAGAAAGAUGUACUGUGUGUUAAUAUAGGACAAGUAAAGGUCCAUAUCCUAAUGUUAUCAUCAAAAACAAAUUGUGAAUUCAUGUCAUUGAGGCACAGACAGCAAUACUGAAUUUGUUUCCUUUGUGUUUGUUCAACUUAAUGUUUAUUUAUUAUGCAAUGUUCAUAGAAAUGUCACUUCCUGAUAAACAGUGGUAUUUCAUUCUGUUUGGAAUAUUUUUACAGAUUAUUUUAACUUAUGUUUUUAAAAUUGAAUUGUUUUAACUGAUAUUUUAAAUGUGAAGGUAUUGAUUUAAUUUUCCAUAUAAUCUAUGUUAACAUUUUUGUGAAUUUCUAUGUAACAGGUUUAUAAUAAAAUGUGUUCUGUCUCAUAUGUUACAUA